CCACAAGCUCGUGAAGAUGUGCUCCAAGAUUUUAGUCUUUUCGCUGGCAUUGGUUGCCUUUUAUAUGACACAGCUAAUUGAAGCCCAGCCGUCGCAUUACUCGCAAGUUAAUCGUGAAUACAAUUCAGACAACGUACAGUCGCCAAGUCAUUUGUAUAUCGACAAGCAAUCCGCAGAGCCUAAUGCCAUUGACGACACACUUGAAGAUAAGAAGUACAUUGUUGAUUUCACCGACAAUACCAUAACAACAAAUGACGGACUCUUAAGUACCGUUAUAAUAGAUCCUCCAAUGCUCACAUUCCCGCAAGUCUUUAAAUUGAAUCCAAUCUGUCGAGAUAAUGGAGAAAAUUUGAAUGGACGCUGCCACUUCAAAAUACCUAAGGAGCGUAGUAUAUACGGUUGGCCCCAGAUGUACAAAAAGAAGGAAAAACAAUUAAAAUUGAUCUACAAAUUAAAGUCUAAAUAA